AUGCAACACCUCAGAUUCGUUUACUUGCUGCUGCUGGCAGGACUUGCCCUCGCAUACUUCUCUCCAACUCAAUUGGAGAUCUUGGAUCUACACUACAAGAUACAACCGAAACAGGCUUCAAAAUCUGCAGAUAACCGUACCUUCUACUCGUUGCUUUCAAUCUCGCCAUCGACACCAGAAGAUCAGCUUGAACGUGCGUACAGAAAGCUAAGCAGAAAAUGGCACCCGGACAAGUUUGUUAUGGCUGAGCCAAAGGAACGCCGUCGGGCUGAACGGAAGUUCGAAACACUCUCUUUGAUCAUUUCGAUUUUGCGUGAUGUUGACCGUCGUAAGAGCUACGACUAUUUUCUCAAGAACGGAUUCCCCGUGUGGGAUGAAUCCAAAGCCAGGUACGUUUUCCAGAAUAGAUUCAAACCAAACUUCACGCUAGUUUUGGUGUUCCUGGCCGUGCUGACCAGUAUCGGGCAGAUGAUCAUUUUGAAAUUAAACAGGUCUCAGAAGAACAAAAGAGUAGAACAGAUAUUGCGGGAUGUCAGAUGGAAGGCGGACAAUAUGAACCGAAGUAGUGCAGACCCUAACAAAGUGAUGGAGCUCCCAGAUGACUAUGAGCUGGACAGCAAUUUCUCAGGCUACUCCGUCGACGACAAGUUGGUGACCUACUGUGGCAAAGUUUUUAUUGUUAAGCCCGACAGAAGUGUUCUUUUGUAUAAUGACGAGGAUUUUAAUGCCGAAGACCAGCAGAGUAUGAACGAUCUCACAAAACAGAUAGUGGAAUCUGGACAUUUCAACCUCGCCGGCUUCCAGAAAAAGGAAAUGAAUAGAAAGGAGAGAAGAUAUGCAGAGAAGCAAAACAAGAAGGAAGCACAAAGCGAAAUUGACAAUGUCAUCUCGAACCUAGUGCGAUUCCAAGAGGAUGAUUCUGGCCUGAAAGUGACAGAUCUAUAUCUUGUGAAAGCUGUUCUCAAGCUAUGGAGUAUUUCAGUAGGUCAGCUAUUUGGCAAAUCCAGUCCAGCGUCAGCGAAGGAAGCGGUGGUCACUGAAGAGCAAGUGAUUGAUACUGAAACUGAAUCACAUAAUACUCCUUUGCAGGAUAACGCAGAGAAUGCAGAUGGUAAGAAAGUGUUGUCAAGUGGGAAGGUACUUCGUUCAAGAAAGAGGUAA